GGGACAACAGACGAGCAGCCACAACUGUACAGUUGCACUGAAGCCACUCGGAGAUAACCGAGUCAACUCUUUGGCCUCAAGCUCAAGCCUGACAUUCUCGACGUCGAUACCGACACUAACGAUACAUCAAGAUGCCGCACUCGUUUGGUUACCGCGCGCGCACGCGCGACAUGUUCAAGCGGGGCUUCAAAGACCAUGGCCCAAUUAAACUUUCGACCUACUUGGUCAACUAUCGUGUCGGUGACAUCGUGGACAUCAAGGCCAACGCUGCACAACAAAAGGGUAUGCCCCAUAAGUACUACCAUGGACGAACAGGCAUUGUCUACAACGUCACCCCACAUGCCGUCGGCGUGAUCGUUUACAAGGUGGUGGGGAAUCGCUACAUCGAAAAGCGUGUUAACCUCCGGGUCGAGCACGUCAAGCACUCGAAGUGCCGACAAGAAUUUCUGGAUCGUGUGAAGCGGAAUCACGAGGCACACGUUGAAGCCAAGGAGAAGGGCGAACGUGUGUGCCUCAAGCGCAUUCCCGCAGCCCCUCGUGAAGCACAUAUCGUUUCGGUUGCCGACAACGCUCCACAAACGAUGGCACCAGUAGCGUACGAAACUAAGAUUUAAUCGCGCUGCGUGUAUUUGUCUACUGUUCCAUCGUCUAUGCUAUCACUGCAUAUUGUUACUACCAUGUGCCCAUGCAAUCAUGACUCGACAUGCUGCGCAAA